AUGGACAUAGACUUCACUGACGGCGAGAUACGAGAAGAACUGGCACGUCUGGGCUACAAGGAUGUUCCAGAAGAUAAACUAGUGGAAUUCAAAAAAGAUCUUAUGAGGCUGAUUCACUCUGAAAAAAGCAAAAACAACUCCCUGGACAGUAGCAUCGAGAGGCCAAAGUCAGCAGCCAACACUUAUUCACCUGAUGCUCCCAGAGAGGGCUCAGAAUUUGUUGCUGGAAAUUUUAGCAACCAUGGAAAUCAGUGGCUGAGAAAUCAGUAUAAAGAAGACUGGCAUUAUCAGGGAGAAGAGUCUUUACAAACCAAGAAAGAGUCUGGCAGCCACCAUGCAGUAUCCAGAUCAAAUGUUUCUGUUGUAGCAGAUGAGAAAGAUUGCAGAUUUGAUAGACACAGCCAGUGCAGUGACAUCUGCUCAGACUCAGAAACUGAUGGGGGCACAAAGUUCGUGAAGCGGAAAAUAUCCAGAAAAGGUACCAAUGGCCAGAGAGUGGUAGAUGAAUCGUUCAGCACAUCCGACUCCAUUGACCAUUCGGGUCUGUAUGAUGUCUAUGAGAAAGUUAAGAGGCUAGCAAUGAGGGACUGCGAAUGUGGAAAGACCCGACCAACAUCUGCUGACACUGAGCCACCAUACAGGAUUAAAGGCAUCAAUAGGAAUCCUUCAGUCCUGAUGGCCAGGAAGGAUCCACCACACACCAGAAACCUGAACAAAACAAAACCAUUCCAGCGACACCAGAUGUACCUGAAAGCAUGGAAGAUGCAACCACCCAUUGGUGAAGAUUUUCGCCACAAUGUAUGCCGAGAGGUUCACAGUAAGCUGCUUAAAAAGGAUGAAGUUAAGCCCUCUCAUAAGAUGUUUGUACCAAACACAUACGUAGUCCCAUCAGAGAAGCCUAGAUACGAUCUGCGAUGGGCUGUCCGCAAGUGUAACCAGAAUUAUGAAAUGCCUCCAUGUGGUUUCUUUCACGAAGUUUAG